CGGCAUAGCUUUGUAGCUUCGCGCUGCUGUCCCUGCCUUCUAGAUGAAAUCCCCUCUCCCUCUCCCUCUCCCUCUGAGAAAAUAGAUAAUUAAAUAAUGAAUAUAGUAACCUUGAAGUCGAUGUUCUCGCUGGUGUAGUCUUGCGGAAAGAAACUUCCACGACCUGUCCACCAGUUACGCAUAGCUAGGUCAAAGACUACUACUACUACCAUUACUACUCUUUACUUUUGGUAUUCCCAGUCUCUCUCUCUCUCUCUCUCUCUCUCUCUCUCUCUCUCUCUCUCUCUCUCUCUAUAUAUAUAUAUAUAUAUAUAGUUGGAAUUGGGUAUUUUAUAUUCAUCAACCGCAGCCAUCCAUAUUGCAACCCAAAUCCCCCCUCCUGCAAAUCAUCAAUCAAGCAAUCAGCAGAAGAAGAAGAAGAAGAAGAAGAAGAAGCAGAGCAGGAAGCAGAGCAGUUAAUCUUCUAGCAGAAGGGAUCCAUUAUAUAUAUAUUAGUGAGGGGCUUGGUAGUGGGGGGAGAGGGUCCACCAGUUAUCCAUCGACCAAAGAAAAAGAGAUCGAAGAGAAUUGAACAGAACACACAGCUAAAUAGGGAGAUCGAGAAAGAUAGCGAGAGAGAGAGGAGAUGGAUCUGACGGGGUAUGGAAUGGAUGGGAGAAGUUUAAGCUACAGGAGCAGUUCAUACGGGGAGUCGCGGAGUAGACGGGAUGAGGACGACGAGGAGCUGGCUCUCCAGUGGGCGGCCAUCGAGAGGCUCCCCACCGUCCAUCGCCUCCGCACCUCCCUCUUCGAUCCUAAUCACGACAACAAAGCCCCAGCGGCGGCAGCAAAUAGUAGUAAUAAGGGAUUGAGUACUACGGAUGUGAGCAAGCUGAGCUCUCUCCAGCGCCAGCUCUUCGUCGAGAAGCUCAUCAGACAGAUCGAGAACGACAAUCUCCGCCUCCUCCACAAGCUCCGCAAACGCAUCGACAGAGUGGGACUGGAGUUGCCGACGGUGGAGGUGAGGUACGAGAACCUGAGCGUGGAAGCCAAGUGCGAGGUCGUCGAAGGGAAGCCCCUCCCCACGCUAUGGAACACCGUCAAAUCCGAAUUAUCUGGGUUGAAGAGGUUGAUUCCGUUCAGUACCACAGACGCCAAGAUCAGCAUUCUGAAAGACGUCAGUGGUGUCCUCAAGCCUUCCAGGCUGACUCUGCUUCUUGGUCCCCCGGGGUGUGGCAAGACAACCUUCCUAACGGCUCUUGCAGGCAAAGUUAACCCUUCUCUUAAGGUUACCGGGGGGAUAACUUAUAAUGGGUACAAACUGGAUGAGUUUGUUCCUGAGAAAACAGCAGCUUACAUUAGCCAGUAUGACCUGCACAUACCUGAGAUGACCGUGAGGGAAGCCAUCGAUUUUUCGGCACGCUGUCAGGGUGUUGGAGACAGAGCGGAGGUUAUGAUGGAAAUAAGCAGAAGAGAGAAAGAAGCAGGAAUUGUCCCAGAUCCUGACAUUGACACCUACAUGAAGGCAAUUUCAGUUGAGGGACAAGAACAAACUCUACAGACAGACUAUGUACUCAAGAUCCUUGGACUUGAUAUCUGUGCUGAUAUAAUGGUUGGUGAUGCAAUGAGAAGAGGAAUUUCAGGCGGCCAGAGGAAAAGGCUGACUACGGGGGAGAUGAUCGUGGGUCCUACCAAAGCUCUAUUUAUGGAUGAAAUCUCAACUGGAUUAGACAGCUCCACAACCUUUCAGAUUGUCACCUGUCUCCAGCAAUUGGUGCACAUUACAGAUGCAACUGCAUUGGUUGCCCUUCUUCAGCCAGCACCAGAAACCUUUGAUCUAUUUGAUGAUGUGAUAUUGAUGGCAGAAGGAAAAAUUGUGUACCAUGGUCCUCGCGGUGAUGCGCUUAAGUUUUUUGAGGAUUGUGGUUUCAAGUGCCCAGGAAGAAAGGGUGCUGCAGACUUCCUCCAGGAGGUUAUCUCCAGAAAGGAUCAAGCUCAGUACUGGUACCGCACAGACCUUCCAUACAAUUAUGUGACAGUGGAUCAAUUCUGUGCAAUGUUUAAAUCAAGUACGGUGGGAAAGAAACUGCAGGAGGAGCUCUCAAAGCCAAAUAAUAAAUCCCAGUUCCAUAGCAAUGCCUUAUCAUUUCAUGUCUAUGCUUUGGGCAAAUGGGAAUUAUUUAAGGCUUGCAUGGAUAGGGAGUUGCUUCUCAUUAAGCGAAAUGCAUUUGUAUAUAUUUUCAAAACGACACAGCUCGUCAUCAUUGCUUGCCUGACAAUGACAGUAUUUAUACGUUCUCGAAUGGCAGUGGACUUGGUUCAUGCAAAUUAUUACAUGGGUGUUCUAUUUUAUACACUAGUCAGACUGAUGACCAAUGGAAUAUCUGAGCUAUCCUUAACCAUUUCAAGACUUCCUGUGUUCUACAAACAAAGAGACUUCUACCUUUAUCCAGCAUGGGCAUUUUCUAUUCCAGCUUCUAUGUUGAAGGUUCCAUUUGCCCUGCUCGAGUCUUUCCUGUGGACAGCAGUAACUUACUAUGUGAUUGGUUAUGACCCACAAGUAUCGAGGUUUUUCCGCCAGUUCCUUCUGCUAUUUGCUCUGCAUCAGGCAUCAUCAACCAUGUGUCGUUUCAUUGCCUCAGUUUGCCAAACACUUGUUGUUGCAACUAGUAAUGCUUUUCUGGUUCAAGUGCUAACUUUCCUGUUUGGAGGCUAUAUCAUUCCACGAACCGAACUACCAUCCUGGCUUAAAUGGGGUUUCUGGGUGACUCCCAUGUCAUACGGAGAAAUAGGCAUAUCAGUAAAUGAAUUUCUUGCUCCACGUUGGCAAAAGGUUCAAAUGGGAAACUCAACUUUAGGGAGGGCAAUCUUAACUAAUCAUGGGUUGGACUUUGAAGAUUACAUGUACUGGGUGUCAGUAGGGGCACUGUUUGGGUUCAUGAUACUUUUUGACAUUGGAUUUGCCUUGGCCUUAACUUACUUAAACCCUCCUGGGACAUCUAGAGCCAUAAUUUCUAAAAAGAAGUUGGCUGAACUAACAGAAGAUAGUAGUAGGCAUGUGCAUGUGCAUGUGGAGAAUGCACCAACAGUAGCUGCUGCAUCCCAAACUGUUGCAGAAACAAGAAAUGGGAGGAUGGUCCUGCCGUUUGAGCCAUUGGCGAUAUCAUUUAAGGAUGUGCAAUACUUUGUUGACACCCCUCCGGAAAUGAGAGAACGUGGUUUUCAUGAGAAGAAACUUCAGCUGCUCCAUGACAUUACAGGAGCAUUUCGUCCUGGAGUCCUUACAGCACUAAUGGGUGCCAGUGGGGCUGGGAAAACAACUCUCAUGGAUGUUCUUUGUGGAAGGAAAACUGGAGGGACCAUAGAAGGAGACAUAAGAAUUGGAGGGUACCCCAAAGUCCAAAAGACAUUUGCUAGAAUAGCAGCCUACUGUGAGCAGACUGAUAUACAUUCUCCACAGGUCACUGUAAAAGAAUCAGUGAUAUUCUCAGCUUGGUUGCGGUUAUCCCAAGAGAUUGAUCGAGGAACAAAAGCUAGAUUUAUUGAAGAAGUAAUUGAAACUGUGGAACUUGAUGAUAUUAAAGAUUCUUUAGUUGGGAUUCCCGGCCAAACUGGUCUAUCCACAGAGCAACGUAAAAGGCUCACAAUUGCUGUGGAGCUUGUUUCGAACCCAUCAAUAAUAUUUAUGGAUGAACCAACUUCAGGUUUAGAUGCAAGAGCAGCUGCAAUUGUCAUGCGAGCAGUGAAAAAUGUGGUCGGAACAGGAAGGACAACUGUUUGCACCAUCCACCAACCAAGCAUUGACAUAUUUGAGGCAUUUGAUGAGUUGAUUUUAAUGAAAAGAGGAGGACUGAUUAUCUAUUCUGGAAUAUUGGGUACUCAUUCAAAUAAACUUAUUCAGUACUUUGAGAGCAUUCCUGGUGUCCCAAAGAUAAAAGACAAUUAUAAUCCAGCAACAUGGAUGUUAGAAGUUUCAUCAACAUCAAUGGAAGCAGAACUUGGUGUGGAUUUUGCAGAUAUUUAUAAUGAGUCAUCUCUGUGCCGGGAAACCUUAGAAGUGGUAAAAGAGUUAAGUGAACCACCACCAGGUUCAAGAGACUUGCACUUUCCUUCUCGAUUUCCACAAAGUGGUUGGGAACAAUUUAAGGCAUGCUUCUGGAAACAUUCUCUAUCUUAUUGGAGAAGCCCUAAGUACAACGUGGUGCGUUUUGUGUUUAUGAUUGCUAUAGCAAUUUUGUUUGCGGCAGUCUUUUGGCAGAAAGCAGGCAAAAUAAACAACGAGCAGGAUCUGUCCAUUAUACUCGGAUCAAUGUAUAUCGCUGUCAUAUUCUUGGGUAUAAGCAAUUGCUCAAUGGUUCUACCGUACGUUGAUAUUGAGCGCACAGUUUUGUACCGGGAAAAAUUUGCUGGCAUGUACUCAUCUAGGGCCUACACGCUUGCACAGGUGGCCAUUGAAGUACCUUACGUACUAGUGCAGGCGUUUUUGUAUGUAGCCAUCACAUAUCCAACCAUGGGAUAUGCCUGGUCAGCUUACAAGGUGUUUUGGUUCUUCUAUGCAACAUUCUGUACAUUUUUGUACUUCACAUAUCUUGGGAUGCUAAUGAUGUCAGUGAGCCCAAAUGUCCUAGUUGCUUCUAUCUUGUCAACUGCAGUCUAUACCAUACUGAAUCUUUACUCAGGAUUCCUUAUGCCAGGACCGAAAAUGCCGAAGUGGUGGGUUUGGUUGUACUGGAUUUGUCCUACAGCUUGGUCGCUCAAUGGCCUCCUCACGUCACAGUAUGGAGACGAGGACAGAGUAGUUACAAUAUUUGGGGAACCGAAGACAAUUAGCGCCUUUCUAGAAGAUUAUUAUGAUUUUCGACAUGAUCGUUUAGGUCUUGUGGCUGUGGUUCUUAUUAUUAUUCCAGUUGUUUUUGCUUGUCUUUUUGCACGUAGCAUAGCAAAGCUAAAUUUCCAAAAGAGGUAGUGAGAGUGUUGGUUUGUAACCAUAUAAAGGAUUAGGUUUGUAGGUGCUCCAAAUUAUGCUUGAGCACAUGUAUCUAUAUAUAGUUAAUAAUGUGGAAAGAAAAAGUGCAGUAGUUUCAUUUGAUUAUGUAAAGUAAAAAAGAGCAUUAGUAUCAUUCUAUUUUUUGGAGUUAUGGUCAACUUUCCCAGACUAUACAGUGGAGCAAUAGCACCAAAGUCAAGACGGCUUAGGUUCAUAGUUGCUUCAAAUUAUGUUUGAAGGCAUGUAUUUGUACUCUGUUUGUAAGCCUUUAGUAAUGUAAAUAGUACUCUAUUUCAAUA